UAGCCAACGACAGCAAAACACAAGUGCUGCAUUUUCAGGAGGCUUUUCCUAAAAUAAAGGUUCCUUCCGGGCAUGUCGAAUCGUGGGCGUCUACAGCUGCUCCAAAGCGAUGAAUACGAUCGCCAACUUCUGUUCAGCGGGACGCUUGACAGCUGCCCCGAUCGCCGUUAUCUGGCUCUGCGUGAUGAGUGAUCACUACGUGCAAGUCAAGGAAGAGCUGGAGCAAAAGAAAUCGCCGGGGGAAGGGGGCGAGAAGGAUGCAGUAGCCGAGGGGGAGACCGUCCCGAUCCCCCUGGCCGGCUUCGUCUCCCCGGCCGCUGCAUCCCUCAGAGGGCGGAGUGAUGCUGCCCGCACUUCCGUUACCGGCCGUCAGAGGAGUAAAAGCAGGAGCGCACAGGGGGCUCCUGAUAGAAACAUCGGCAGCAAACGGGACUCAGACAGUGGGCAGGCGGCGGAUAUCUGCGGGGAGAAGAUGCCCGGAACGCUGCUUCAGGUCAAGGGGACUGGGAAAGCGCUGCAGGGCGGGCCGGAGACUAACGGCGUGGCGGCGCCUGGCCAGCAGGAGGGCGAUCGCGGCAAGGAGGACGGAAACAAAGUGGCUAGGAAGAGGAGGGCGGUGACGGUGGACACCUCCAAAGCCAAAACGUCCCUGGAGGCUCUCAAAGUCAGCAUCAGGCAGCUCAGAUGGAAAGAGUUCCCUCUCGGUCGCCGUGUGGCCUGUGAUAUUUACUGGCAUGGUGUGUCCUUCCAUGACAACGAGAACAUAAGCUCAGGCCAAGUCAACAAGUUCCCUGGUAUGAUCGAGAUGCUACGAAAGAUCAACCUGAGUCGAGCCGUUCGCACCAUGCAGGAGCUCUUCCCCGAGGAGUACAGCUUCUACCCGCGCUCCUGGAUCCUCCCGGAGGAGUUCCCACUGUUCACCACCCAGAUCCGCUUGGCCAAAGACAGUGACUCCUCCUUAAAUCCCACGUUCAUCGUCAAGCCAGAUGGUGGCUCCCAGGGAGAUGGGAUCUACCUCAUUCGGGAUCCCAGGGAUUUGCGGAUCACGGCUGGCCCGCAUGGCAAACACGUGAUCGUGCAGGAGUACAUCCAGAAACCGCUGUUGAUCGACAAGCUCAAGUUCGACAUCCGCCUUUACGUCCUGCUCAGGUCCUUGGAACCCCUGGAGAUCUACAUUGCCAAGGAGGGCUUGUCUCGCUUCUGCACAGAGCCAUACCAGGAGCCCAACCAGAAGAACCUCAACCACGUGUUCAUGCACUUGACAAACUACUCCCUCAAUGUGCACAGUGGCAACUUCAUCCACUCUCACAGUAACAGCACCGGCAGCAAGCGUACCUUCUCUAGCAUACUGUACCGCCUGGCCUCCAAGGGCGUGGAUAUCAAGAAGGUUUGGUCAGACAUUAUAUCCCUGGUCAUUAAGACUGUCAUUGCACUGGUGCCUGAGCUCAAAGUCUACUACCAGGCAGACAUCCCACCUGGAAAACCUGGACCUACCUGUUUUCAGAUCCUAGGUUUUGACAUCCUACUGAUGAAGAACUUGAAGCCUGUCUUACUGGAGGUCAACGCCAACCCAAGUAUGAGAAUCGAGCACGAGCAGGAAGUCUCUCCGGGUGUGUUUGAGUACGUGCCUAGUCCUGUGGACGAGGAAGUGAAGGUGGGGGUUAUCCGGGACACUCUGCGGCUCGUAGACCCUGCGCAGAAGAAGACCUCUCACUUGCCAUCUCUCCUGCCAGGCGGAGGUGGCGGCGAGCUGCAGAAAGACGUCUCUGAGGCGGAAUCGCCCAAGCGGCCGGGACUGGAGAGCAGCCUGCCAUCGCUCUGCCUGAAGCAGGUCUUCCCCAAGUACACCAAGCAGUUCAGCUACCUGCGCUUGGUGGAGCGUAUGGCUGCUCUCUUUGUGCGCUUCCUGGGUGUCAAGGGGACCAUGCGCCUGGGUCCGACCGGCUUCCGCACCUUCAUUAGAAACUGCAAGCUCACUAACAGCAGUCUGUCCAUGGCAGCCAUCGACAUCCUGUACAUCGACAUCACAAGGCGCUGGGGGGGCACAGUGUCCGAGUCGAGGGAAGCAGGGAUGAGCCUGCCGGCCUUCGUCGAGGCCUUUUUCUACUUGGCACAACGUCGUUUCAAGGCACAGCCACUGCGGGAACAGGUGCAGUCCCUGCUGGAACUGUGUGAGGCACAACUCAAGGGCAAGACGUCCGGAGAGCGGAGAGCGCCGGCCCACGCCCCGCUGCCCCCGGGACCUCCCGCUGCCACCCACAGAGCCCCCAACUCCCGGAGCACCCAGGCCCUGCAGCCUGCCCUGAGCACCACUGUGGAGACCUGAACGGGGCCACCUGGCUCCCCAGGAGUCUGCCCUGGCCAGACAUCGUACAUCGCUGGUAUUCGGAGAGUCGUGGCAUCACUGAGGACUCGGUCUCUUCUUUUUAAAUAUAACUCCUUAGCAUGGGCAGUCCAUAGGUUCUCGGGGCAGCAAACCUUUCCUUCCAAUGUGCCAGCGAAUACAAGAAGGACAGUAAGGCCUUCAUCCUUCCUUCUUAUUUGAAGAAAUUAUAUUUUUUGGAGGUUUUAUCUCUUGCCUCCUGUAGAACCAGCCUUGGAACUUUCUGAAUGAGGCAUAUAAAAAAUAAACAAUAUUUUGCAUUAACUUAUUGAUUUUUUUUUUUUUUAACGUACAGAAUUAUCUUCGUUUUGCAAUAGCGGGCUGUCUUUUCUUCAGGGAAAUCUCGGAAGCUUUAAUUACACAGCUGACUGGAUCGGCGGUCAGUUCAGCUGAAAUUCCACUUGCACGGAGGUACUGCGUUUCAGGAGAGCCUCGAAACCAAUUACUGUCAAGAGGGUCCCACGAAAGAGCGGCCCGUCAGCUGCUGUGCACUCGGAGGGGUUUCCGAAGUUUUGUGCUCUGUGUCAGAGUACCGAUUGUGGCCUAAAUGCUUUGGAUAAUGAAGACCUGAAGGAAAACGAAUGAUUGAUAAAAUAAGGCAGCCUAAAACUAUUCAUGUAAAAAGGGAGGUAGGAAGUAGGAACUGAACAAAGUUUGUUUUUAAUCUUCUUUAAUUUAUUUUGAGAGGAAUGUUUUGUUGUCCACCUUACUGCAUAUUUAACGUAUAUAACAUAUUCAUCAGUGUAUUAAUGAUUUGCACUAUGCUGACAUAAUGGCUUAAAGGAGAUUGACUUAUUGAAUGCAAACAAAUGUUUGUUCCUUCCCAGCAUGUAAUCUUGCUGGUCAUAACCAUAUGUAGUGGCAUUUGCACACAGCCUCACAAAAUGUAUGUUUCUGUUUUUUGGAUUCACAUGUUUAUUAUGUUUAUUACCACUUACGAAGAAUUUUGGAAGAACAGUAACACAGUGGUUACGUCAGUAAACACAAUAAACUGCUUGGAUAGUAAAGUCUUGGAAUUCCCUUAUUCUGCAGCCAAAAAAGAUCACCACUUUUGUUUAAGUGGGAUGUACGGCAAUAUGAGUCUGAGACACUGAAAUGAGGCGUACGGCUGGAUAACUAACUUUUCUUUGCACUUUGAUGAACAUUAUUAACGGUGCACACCAUAAAUAGACAUACAUAGCCUCUGAGUAGACUGAUUUCUUACUGGAAGUAAAAGGAGACCACGAUAGAAUGCAGACGAAUCAUUUGCUGAUCAUGAAUUCAUCUUCAGAAUAUGGCCACAGAUUACUGUGUGGAGAUGCACAGCGCUUACUUUAC